AUGGGACCCAGCUCUGAUGAUGUCCAUCAUAUGAUGAACGAAAGCUCGGCCUGUUUUCACUUGAAACGAGGGAGGAGGCCUCGUGGACUGCAUCAACCUGAACGUCGUAUAAAAGCCAAACGGCUGCAGUACAACGGAGUUCAUCCAUCCUCUUCUGAUACGCCCCCUGGCCACGCGUUGUCUGCACAGGCAGUACGCAAAAUUAUCAUUGGCUCGUCUAUCUUCCAGUCUCCUGUUCAUCAGGUUUCUUCGAAAGAGUAUGCCCACAGCGUCCCAGAUCUUGGUGAUUUCCCCAUAUCAGGCUAA